AGUCUGUGGCUUUUUGAUUCAUCGUGGUUUACGGUUUACCCCUCCACGUGAAUUAAUAGUUCAAAGUAUAUAAACUAUCUUGUGAAAUAUUUCAAAACAAUUAUCAAGAUCUUGAGCAACAGCCAUGGCGGUCCGCGUGCAAUUCGAAAACAACAAUGAAGUUGGUGUCUUUAGCAAACUUACAAAUUCUUACUGUCUUGUAGCUAUCGGAGGCUCAGAGAAUUUCUACAGUGUGUUUGAAGCAGAAUUAUCAGACACUAUACCCGUGGUACACGCUAGUGUCGCAGGCUGUCGCAUCAUUGGCCGCAUGACCGUCGCUAACAAGAAUGGGUUACUUUUACCAUCGUCCACGACAGACACAGAGCUGCAGCACAUCCGUAACAGUUUACCAGAUAACGUCAAAGUACAGCGAGUCGAAGAACGAUUAAGUGCACUCGGUAACGUCAUCGCUUGCAACGACUAUGUUGCUUUAGUUCAUCCAGAUUUAGACAAAGACACAGAAGAAAUUCUUGCUGACACAUUAAAUGUUGAAGUUUUCCGACAAACUGUAGCUGGUAAUGUGUUAGUUGGGUCCUAUACAGCACUUAGUAAUAGAGGAGGUUUACUUCACCCUAAAACUACAAUUCAAGAUCAGGAUGAAUUAUCCUCAUUGCUUCAAGUACCAUUAGUUGCAGGAACAGUGAACAGAGGUAGUGAUGUGGUGGGUGCAGGGUUGGUAGUUAAUGACUGGAGUGCAUUCUGUGGUAUGGAUACAACUUCAACAGAAAUAUCAGUUAUUGAGAGUGUUUUCAAACUUAAUGAUGCUAAACCUAGUGCAAUUACAUCCACUAUGAGAGCAUCCCUGAUUGACAGCAUGUCAUAGCGUAUAAGCAUUGUUUAAACCUAGACUAUGUUAAUUUCAAUUUAAUAUUUCUGUUGAUCAGACUCAAAAAUAAAUUUCUUUUCAAAA